GCAGCGUCCUGGCUGAGCCGAGCCGAGAAGCUCAGAGAGGAGCAGACUGAGAUGAACAGCUCCGAGUCUCUGCUGUCCACAAAUGUGCGCAGGCUGGAGAAGAAGAAGUCACCUUUAGAGACACUUUCACCGCUUCAUGCUAACAGCUGCAGACGAAGGAUAAACUGAACUAAUCCCAAACAGUUUGAGUGAAAACAGCCACUGACUGAAUGCUGGCUUCUGGGUAGUCCUCUUUCUCCGAAGUUGCGGGUGGUAUAGCAACAGAGACAUGAGGUAAAAGCAGCUGUUUAUAAGGGGCCUGUCAGCAGAACAAUAGCUGCCGUAGCCACAUGCAGGAGGAAGGCUAACUCGAACAACAAAGCUAACCACAGGGCAAGGCCGGGAGAAGAAGCCAAAACACAGGAAGCAAGGCCGAGCUGACUAAUCAUCCAAGGUGUCAAGGCGGUACAUAUCCGAUGUCCUCUCCUCCCACAGUGUGAUGCGUCAUGGCUCCGGUGCUGAGUGGAGUGUGGUGGGGGCCGGAGGCAGGUGUCCUUGGGUCAGGGGCGGCAGCUGCUACUGGUGUGGCAUCGUGGCUUGGCAGUGGGCAGCUGGUCCUGGCCAUCACCCUUAGCACCCUCACUGCCGUGCUGCUGCUCUCUGUAUUGCUGCUGCUGUGUGCGAGCUGCAAGGGGCAGAAGAAGGCAGCCAAUGCACAUCCAGCAGGAGACCAUGAGAACCUCAUGAAUGGAGUGUCGGAGAGAGAGACCCUCAGCCAAUCAGCCGACAGUCCUGCGACUGACGCGGCGGUCAGCAGCUCUCACAAUGGCCCUCUUACCAGCGGUACAAUCCUCACGGACACACAGGACACCAGUCCCCAGCCAUCAGAGGAGAUGCUCUCCAGCCAAUCAGAGCUCAGGUCCUCCAAGUGUCCUCAGGACCGUGAGCUUCCCAGCAUCCCUCCCAACAACGCCCUUAUGGGGGAGGGACCCCCAGCCUCAGGGGACAGCACCUAUGAGGUGGUAAAGGAGUUGGGGUCACGUGAUGUCAGUGUUGAAGACUCCCUGUACGAGACAGUCAAGGAACUCAAAGACCCCCCGAAACAGCUCGGCCUCCCCAACGGUACCAUCCCACUGAGCCCUGAUGACCCUCCUCAUCAUCCUCCUCCUGCCCUUCUCAAUGGCCACCUCAGCCCUUGCACACCUGAGCGGGGUCCUCUGUGCGCAGGGGUCGAGUACGCCUCCGUCGACCUGAAAAAGAAGAGCCGCAACAGCGUCGACAUGGAGGCGAAGAGGCGCUCCGAUAAUGCCUGCGUUCCCUCCCGCAAGCCUCUGGAGGAACCUGAGGAUGACCUGCCUCCACCGGUGCCAGAGAAGGUUCUGGAUGAAAAUGACAACCAGCCGGGGAUGAUGAAUGGGCUGGCGGGGGCUGGGCUGCCCAACGGAGAGUUACACUCCCCUCUGUCUCCUGCACCGGGGUUCCACAACCACGUUCUGUCUGACAAUGAGUCUGCAGUGUACUCUACAGUCAACAAAACAAACGGUGACGAUGCCCUGAACGAGGAAGACAAAGAGCACGACUACAGCAGCAUCGCAGAGCUCAAAGGUCUGGUCCCCAAUUCCUCCUCCAGUGACCUCUACGCCACCGUCAGAGACAUCUACACCCAGCCCGAAGAGUCCAGACCGGGGGAAGACCCCCUCUCGGACAACACGGACCCCUGCUAUGAAACCAUUCGCAUGCCAAAGACGAGCAGCUCAGACGAUGAUCACGGGGUCGGGCUCGGGGCCGAGGGGUCGGACGCUGCACAAACGGAGCCUGAUUACGAGAGUGUUGGAGAGUUGGGUUUGAGCAGGGAAGCAUCCCGUCUCUAAAUCGCCCUCCUUACUGACAUCUUUUACAGACAUCACUGUAGUGCUUUGAACCUGCUACCCAGCAUGCUUUUGGAGCAUGACUUUGGGGGAAAAAACAGCAGAAAAUGGUUCUAAAACAUCAUCAAGGCAUGAGCGUCCUCUUUACAGCUUGGGUACGGUUUAUCAUAUCUGAACUUUUAAUUUAUCAACCAGGGUGAAUGUCACAAAUACUGGUACCAGAAAAGGAACUGUAGUACCUCCAGUUAUCGGGCAUUAAUUAUGUGGAAGAGUGCCAUGGACACAUGAAUUAAUACCUAAUUUAAAAAGAAAGAUGAGUAAUAAUAAUCGAACCCUCCUGCCGAAUUUAAGGGGUUAGCUAAGGACGGUGUUUGUGUCCCAAGAAAUCAGUGCCAUAUAAUCAUGAAAUCCAUUGCACUUACUGUACUGUAUGAAGGUAACAUUGUUGGUAUUUCUGCAGCUGCUAGUGACUGUUCAGCUUCCUCCAGGUGACUCAGUGUCAUGUUUUAUUGAGUUGUCAGAUGGUGUAUUUUUAGGCGUCUUUGUGUCUGGUUGGCAACACCUCCACUGUGCAAUCUCUGCUUUCUGUUCCUGUGAGGUCUUAAAACAAAUAUAGCCUUUGUUAGAUUACACCAUCAAGUACAAAUGUUGCCUUGUUGACAGCUAAAUACAUUUGUCUUUUAUUGGGACUACUCUCAGCAAAAGUAAUGACUUUAAAAACGUACGGGCAGGAGAUAUGAAAGUAGAAACUAAAUGUCACUCAAGCUCCCAGUUUCCCUAUACAUUCAGAAAGUGUUUCUCGACACUUUUUUUUGUCAAAUUCUUAUUUAUUUGAAGAUACAUAUUGCCGUGUAAUUGUAAAAUGUUACACAGUAUGUCUGAGAGAAGAGUAAGUAGGGUUCUUUAGACAUUUCUAGCAUUUUCAUUGAGAUAGGAAAAGACAGUAAGCUGUGAUAUACGACAGUUGUAAAGGUACGCGUUCCCCUGAUUUUUUUUUUAUACGUUGUUUUUUUUAUGAAAUGCAUAGGAUGAGAACAUGUUUGUUUUUUUUUCAUUUUGCUCAGUAGUCAAAUCAAAUCCAUAACCCGUGUAAUGCUAUAAAAAAAAGAGUGUCUUUGGAGCUUACUUUUGGUACAGUUGUACAGUCUUGAGUUGGCAUCCCGGAUGAUUUUUAAAGCACAAUUUUUCAUAUCAUGGUACUGCAUUUAUGAAAGCAUCGCCACAAUCCAGUAAUGUUUCUGCACAAUUUGAAUAUUUAAUGCUUUGUAACUUAAUAGUAGCACUCUGAGGGGGGGGGGAAACAUAUCUGUUUGUAGGUUGUACCGACGACAUGCCAACCGAGGCUUGUAUAGUAUAUAAUUAGAGCACUACUUUAACCAACUUUUACUCGCUGGAAGUUUUACGUGCGCUUACGUCCAGAGUGGUAUCAUUUUAGAAUAAUUCUGUUCAGAGCACUGAUAUAUGUCUGGCUUGUUUUCAGGAGAUGUGAAUUUCAUAUUGUCUUUGGAGGCUUUUUAUCUUGUACUGCUUCUCCAAAAUAAUGUAACCAAUCACAUGUCAGAAAUAUGGUACAAUGUUUUGGUACAUGCAUUUUAAGAAAGUGUGGUACUUUUAUUUAAAGAACUGAAUUUAAUGCCUCAUUACUGUUUCAAUGGAAAUGUGUUUUUUUUUUUUUUGCUGUAAAUAUUUCUUUCUCUGCUACAGUAUCUCAACCAUUUGCAGAACUAUUGGUGUCAUCUGUUUCCACCCACAGCAUAAUAUUACAGCACUACAACAACUCCAGCUCUGGUUCAAGUUUCAUAAGACAUGCCGGAGCUUGUUGUCGCCUCAGACAAACAGAGCGAGCCCACGCCGACUGGUUUUAGAUUCAUUAAUGAUAUCAGGCAUUUGAAAUUCUGUUAUAUCUCUCGGCAGAGGAUUUCUUCAUGGAAUCUAGUACUAUAAUUCUAUGAUGUAAAAAUGGGUAGAUGAACCCCCUCAAAAAUUCUGUUCCAUUUUUGCAAAGAGUAAUUAUCAUUGUUAUGUUCCCCUCAGCAAAAAUGUAGUGAUUAUUUCAACCAAGCGAUGUGCCUGUGUAUCAAGAUGGUGCCAUCAUUCAGAUAUAAUGGUCAUCACAGAUGGCUUUAAAUGACCUCAAAGGAAAUAAUCUGUCAAAGUGGACGUUUAUGGUGCCACAUCUAAUCAGGACAACAAGCACACAUAGACACAGUUAAUAAAUAGAUACAUACCCCAGGAUGACACAUUCUCUCUAGCUGUCUAUCUUGUUCGUAAAAACACAAUCCUCUUGGAGGUGUGGUGGAGGUUCAGAGAUGUUCCUGUGCUGCCUCUCCUUCAGCUCCACUAAUGAGACUAUUUGUUCCCCCUACGACCAGCAGACAACAUCAACGUUGACAUCUGCCUUUGAUCACAGGGCAUAGCCUGCUUUGGAAAUUAUGGCCACAUCUGUCUCUCCACUCUGCUUUUCCAUUCUCUGCAUGUAAAUAUUUUAUGACAUGAAUUGUUCUAUUAAAAUAUAUCUAUAA